AUGGGGCUUCUGGGAAUGUGGGUGACCUUUCUCAUGACGCCUUGUGCAUAUUUUAUGGGGAGGAAAUGGAAUUUACUGGACUUGGUCACGGCUGGAAUGUUCGUGACGAUCCAUGUCCUUUGUUUAUUUGCGCCCUUUUAUUUCAGCUGGCCUUUGUUUCUCCUCGCUGUGGUUCUCGGUUAUUCGACCGGCUUAGGAGUAACUCUGUCUUACCAUAGAAACCUUGCGCACAGGAGUUUCAGGCUUCCCAAGUUUCUUGAGUACUUCUUCGCCUAUAUCGCCGUUCUUUCGGCUCAGGGUAGUCCAAUUGAGUGGGUGAGUACUCACCGUUACCACCACCAAUAUACAGAUACAGAGAAAGAUGCUCAUAGUCCUCGCGAAGGUUUCUGGUUUAGCCACAUGGGAUGGAUCCUCGACAGCAAUAGGCGAUUUGGAAGGUAUGGUGGACUGAAAAAUGUUGAAGACAUGAAAAGGCAGCCAUUCUACAGGUUUCUUCAUCAUACAUUUCUUCUACAUUCGGUUAUUCUUGGGGGAAUUCUCUAUGCCAUUGGUGGGUUUCCCUUCAUCGUUUGGGGAAUGGGAGUGAGGAUGACAGCUGCUUUCCACGGCACUUUGCUAGUAAAUUCGGCUGGUCACACAUGGGGGUAUCAAGCGUGGAAUACCGGUGAUCUAUCUAAGAACCUUUGGUGGUUGGGAUUGCUUGGACUUGGAGAAGGAUGGCACAACAAUCACCACGCUUUCGACUACUCGGCUCGACAAGGCCUUGAAUGGUGGCAGAUUGAUGUGACUUGGUACGUCAUAAGACUUCUUGAAGCUCUAGGGUUGGCAACUGAUGUGAAACUACCAUCUGAAGCUCAUAAGAAACGCAAAGCCUUGGAGACCAGAAAGAAUAUGGUUUCUCAUGAAAUAAGCCACGAAGAUUGA